AUGUUGCUGGAUCCGGUUAGCGCGGCUGGCUGGGUGACACUGACAACGUCUUUGUUUCUUGCCUACACCACCACCACCACCACCAUGACGACCAUGUUCCUCUCCCCCGGCAUCAAAGCCCACGCCGCCAACACCUUCCUCGCGUACCUCAGCGCCGAGGCCCGGGAUCGCGGCAUCUGGGACGGCGAGGGCGGGGCCCUCCUCCCGCGCGCCCAGUUUUCUGCCGUCUGGGCCGAAGUCCGAACGUGGCCGGUCGUUGACAAGAAAGUGCAGGAGCGCAAGAUCGAGGACGUCGGUGUCGAGAGGGCGGCUAGCCAUACGUGUCGCUGGGCCCCCGAAGGAGAGAAGUUGCCGUUUUAUGGCUUCAAGCGGAUUGAACUCACUGAUCUUAGCCUGGUCGGCCGCUUGGUCUGGGCUGUUGACUUAGCGCUGUACAUUCGUAUGAGCUCGGAGUACUAG